GUAACAUUAGCCAACGGUUUUAAUCAAUAGUAAAUUGACAAGACCCCCAAAGACCAAAGCCCAAAAACCUCCAAAAACUCCAUUUCCAAAGUAGCUACAGCAUUCAGCAUCUUGAUUCUUGGAUUCUCAGAAACGACUAAACGAGAGAGAUGAAGAGCAUCCCUGUGAUACUCAUGGGAUGUGGAGGUGUUGGACGACAGCUUCUCCAACACAUUGUAUCUUGCAGAGAUAUUCAUACCAAACAUUAUGGAGUACGAUUGAGAGUAGUGGGUGUUGCUGACAGUAAAUCUUUGCUUUCUGUGCCUGAUAUCUUCACCACUGAGCUUGAUGAUCAUUCAAUCAAUGAAAUUUGUCGCCUCAAAUCAGACGGUUCUUGCCUUUCUUCUCUUACAUCACUUGGUUCUUACCAAGUUUUCUCCAAUUCUGAGACGAUCACUAAUAUUACUGAAAUUGCAAAACAUUUGGUUCGAUCUACAGGAUUAGCUGUUGUAGAUUGCUCUGCUAGUUCAGACACUAUAGUAAUAUUGCACAAGGUGGUUGAAUUGGGUGGCUGCAUUGUACUGGCGAAUAAGAAGCCUCUUACAUCCUCAAUGGAGGAUUAUGAUAAGUUGGUCUCACACCCACGCCGUCUUCGACAUGAAUCAACUGUUGGUGCUGGUCUUCCAGUGAUAGCGUCCAUUAACCGCUUGCUUUCUUCUGGGGAUACCAUCCAUCGUAUUGUAGGCAGCUUGAGUGGUACAUUGGGAUAUGUAAUGAGUGAGUUAGAAGAUGGGAAGCUUCUUAGUCAAGUUGUGAAAACUGCUAAAACUCUUGGUUACACUGAACCAGAUCCUCGCGAUGACUUGGGUGGUAUGGAUGUUGCAAGAAAGGCUUUAAUCAUUGCUCGGCUUCUUGGACAAAAAAUUGACUUGGACAGCAUUAAGGUUGAAAGUUUAUAUCCUGCUGAAAUGGGAUCCGAUGCAAUGAAUGUGGAGGAAUUUCUUGCUAAUGGUGUUCUGCAACUUGACAACCAUCUUGCUGAUAGAGUUGAAAAGGCUGCUUCCAAGGGAAAUGUAUUGCGCUAUGUCUGUGUGAUUGAAGGUUCUAGAUGCGAAGUUGGAAUUCAGGAGCUUCCCAGAAAUUCUGCCCUAGGAAGACUGAGAGGAAGUGAUAAUGUGUUGGAAGUAUACAGCCGGUGUUAUAGUGAGCAACCAUUGAUCAUCCAAGGUGCUGGAGCUGGCAACGAUACUACUGCAACUGGCGUCCUUGCUGAUAUCCUCGACCUUCAGGAUCUCUUUACUUGAUCAAAAAUUACAUGCUACUGACUCUAAAAAAAUACUGUUUAGGAAGGAUGAUAUCACAUGCAGAAAAUUCUGUAGCAAGCAAAUUAUACCCUAGAAUAGCUUCUAGAAAUUACUAAUCACAAAAUUGUAUCAAGGAAUUAGUUUGAUGUUACAGAGACGAAACAACCAAACAAUCCUUUUGUUCUUCAGAACUGAACAGGUCCCAAGCAGCGAUUUCCUCCUAUCUGAUGAAAUCAGAAGCUAGCUACUUUCAUCUGUUCGAAGUAGCAUCCUGUAGGUCCAUCAUCAGAUAAUAGUGCCAAUCGGACAGGUGCUUUGGCUCCAUCUUCUGGACUCAUAGGUCCUGUAUGCCAGGCUAAAUCUGUAUUAACAUAACCUGGAUGAACACAGUUUAUGUACAUUUUAGGGUAUUUCCUGGCAAGAAGUCUUGUGUAGGCAUUAAGUGCUGUCUUUGAAAUUCCAUAUGCAGGCAGCAUUAAGGGCCAUCCAUUUUUUAUCAGUGUAUUUUGUUUCACAUCUUGCAAGAAAUUUUGCAGUAUCUCA